GUUACGUUCUAUAAGUACUCUCUAAUGUUCGGUAUUGAGAUCAGUGUACAAUUAGAAUACUCAGAACUGUUGUCGCAUGCGUAACUAUAAUCGUGACGCAGUAGAGUUUCCAAAACAAUAGACAUCCGAGAAAAUUGGCAGUCCGCCAUUUUGUAUUGUGAGAGUUCAAAGCGUAAAAGGUGGUUUUUACAAAAAUUAUAUUAUCACUUUGUGAAUUAUGGGUUACUGUUAACAGAUUUUUAAAAUUUAACUAGCAAUAAUGAUUUGAGACCCUUAGAAUUAAGGUAUCCCAGAAGAGAAUCAAGAAGUUGUUACAGUUUUCAUUUGUAGAAUACAUUUCAUAGAUAAAAUAGAUUUCUGUUUUCUGAAGUAGUUUUGUUGAUUAAUGUAUAUAUUAUGAGAGCAGUGCAUUAUCUGUGAUACGUAGUGUGUUAAGGAAGAGUCAAGAUGAGUUCACCGGAAGAAAUUAAAGCAGAGUACUCCUCAAGUUUGGCAGAUCUCACAUUUAACAGUAAGCCAUUAAUAAAUGUGCUUACAAUGUUAGCUGAUGAAAAUUCGCCAAACGCCAAUGUUAUUGUGGAAGCCAUUGAAGAACAUCUAUCAAAGGUCCACACCGAUGUGAAACUACCAAUUUUGUAUCUGAUUGAUUGCAUUGUGAAAAACGUUGGAGGAACCUAUACGUCGUUGUUUAGUAAAAAUAUAGUGACUACAUUCAUAGGUGUUUUUAAAGCAACACUUAAAGUAAAUAUUACUUACAAAAAAAAUGAAUUCAAGGUUGACGAGAAAACUCGGGCAGAGAUGUUCAAGCUACGUCAAACAUGGAAUGAAGUUUUUCCGCAAAUGAAAUUGUACGCGAUCGACGUUCAAAUUAACCAAUUGGAUCCCGCGUGGCCAGUCACUGCUAAACUACCGUCCAACAGUAUACAUUUGAAUCCAAAAUUUUUAAAACCAACGUCGACGCCGUCGCAAAAAGGCAAAACGGAAACUGAACCCACUCCAGUAAUACCGGGAGCUCCAGCUGUCGAUAAGGAAACGCUCCUUAUGCAAGAGCAGUUGAUACAGAAGCAGAAAGAACUGUUGGAGUUGCAGCAAAAAAGAUUAGAAUUGGAGGUAUUACAAACGCAAGUGAAACUACAAGAACAGAUUAAGCAGAGUAUACCAAAAACUGGAAGACCGCAGAACAUUUUGUUGAAACCUGAAGUGGCAAAACAACUAGUUCCAACUUUAACUAACCAAAAAUCUAAUGAAAUUAACACUACCUUGACUCAACAACAAAAACCUCAGCAAAUGCCAGUUCCUAUUACGAACGGAACGAAAAUAAAUCCAGUUAGCAGCGCCCUUAUCAACGCCAAGCCGAUAAGAGAUCCAAGACUAAUGAGACAGCAGCAGAAACAGCAACAAGAACAAGCGGCACCAAUCGAUGGUAAUAAUGCUGAAAAUCAGUUAAAUCAAAGAACUGCUUUAUUAGAAAAUAAUAAAAUUGUUACAAAUAAAGUGGGUGUUCGAAAAGUUCGCAAUGAUCCACGGUUAAUUAAUAAAAAUGAUAACCUAAUCCAAAAAUCCGAUUCUCCUACAAAAUCAAACACGUCCUCAAAGUCCCGUAACUCCGAUCCCGCACACAAAUCCCACAAAUCGUCCCGAAUAUCACAUUGUUCGACAACGUCGGAUACAAAUACCAACAAAAGUGGUUCUACCACCACUUUAGGUUUACCGAAACUCAAAAAUAGUGACAUUGUGAAAUCUCCAUCUAAACAAAAACGGAAAGACGAUAAGCAAUCGUUGUCAAAUUUAAGGAACAAACGAGAAAAAAUGUGUAGCAAUGACGAUGUAACGAUUAUUACUUCUAGUAGUAGUUGUACUGUUCCUCAAGCUACUUUCAAAAGUGUCAAAUCUUCAAUGAAAAAUCGAAAUUAUGUUAAGAGAAAUUUGGGAAGUGCGAGUCCGGAGGUUGUACAGGACGAGGAUCUACGAUCACUCGGACCACCUGAAAAGCAAUCUAGAUUGCUAGGUGAUCCGAUUGAAGAACCGACAAAUACGGUUCCAGUUAGUAAAUCACCAGUAGUUAGUAAUCAGCCGCUUAAAUCGCAAUUAUCAUCGAAGAAUAUCGACGUAGAUCUCAGACAACUACCUGCAGGCGUCGUUGGUAAAAAGAGAACUUCAACAGAAUCCCCAGAAUCGACAACAGCUAAGAAAAACAAAUCGGAAAUACUUGAUAAAUUAUUUGGUGAUGAAGAUACCGAUUUACGCCAAUUAUCAAUAAAUUCGGAACAGAGGCCUAAAACUCCACCACCUCCAAUUAUAUCUUCAAAUGAAUCUGGACCAAAGUCGCCGUCCGUACAAGAUUCCCCAAAAAGUAAUCUUGAUGCGAUCAGAGCUAAAUUGGCGAAUGCCACAAAUAGAGAUAAAGUACUAUCUAAAUCAUAUAAUAAGAAAAAACAAAGAUUGGAGGAUCAAGAUUUGAGACAACCGAUAAAUACACAAGUUGCAAAUAAAAUUAUAAUAUCACCUGAAGACGAAAAUAAUAUAAAAUCAGGUAAAAUGACGAACGAAGAAAGUUCCAAAUUGCUCAACAAAAUUAUACUCCAAAUGGAGAAGAAUAAAUUGAAAGAAGCCAAAAGAAAAGAUAAUGAAUCAUCUUUCAAUACAUCACUUCAACCUAUAAGCGACGAAGAAUUCAACGACAGUGAUUUCGAAGAUAGCGUCAAUAUAAAAGAUACCUUAAACGAAAAUUCUCCAUCUAAGGACAACGAAAACAUUUCUUCGGCGGCACCUCCACUAAUAAGCGAGGAAAGUCUUAUACCUUUUAACGAUAAAGAUGAAAGACUUAAUACCGGUCCAUUGCAAUCAAAAACUGAUUAUGUACCUCAACAGUUCUAUCCAAGAGACGGCAGGCGUUUUCCGGGUCCACCUGGGCUUAGUUGGCGAGGCGGUCGUGGAAAUAAUAGACGCAAUUGGGAUCCGCCUCAAGCAAGAGCGCCGAUAAGACUUUGGAACAACAAUAAUGCAUGGGCUCAAUCUCAAUCAACGAGAGAUUUCGAUAAUGAUAAUCCUGUGGUAGCCGAAGAAUCCGAAUCGCCGAUUCUUAAUGACGGAUUCGUUAACGUAGAUGAAAUAAAAUCGAUGGCGAUAGAUGGAAUAUCUAGAGACAUAAGAUUCUACGGAGAAACGGCAAUAGUUUUUGUCGGUUGGGAUGAUCCUAGAGAAUUAACAUUUCAAAACGACGGUAUCCGCAAAAUUAUUUUCAACGAUACGGAAAGUUUUGUUUUAGGCUUUAAUGACGAUUAUAAAGAGGUGUCUGUUAACGGGAAAACGCAUUUGGUGAAAAUAGGUGCGCCCAGCAGAGAAAUCUUCAUCGAUUCCGUUCCGUACGAAUGUUUCUUCGGAAGCCCGGGCAUAAGAAUCCAACUCGAUGGUGUACCUACCAAAGUUCAGCUAGAAGGACCUCCGCCGCCAGUGAAUAUUGGCAAAACGAAACGAACUGAUAUUGUAGCUGGUAAAAUAAAUAUGGUGAUAAAUGCUAAAGUGAUUGUACCUGUGUUUUUGGACGCUAAACCACAAAAAUUUGUACUGGACGGCGAGACCAGUACUCUUAAAUUUGUAGAUGCAUUGAAGACAGUGUUAAUAAAUGAUGUACCUUUUAAUGUUGAAUAUGGUGGUCUCCCUAAACCUUUACUUAUCCAUGAUAAAAAACAUUUUAUUAGAUUUUCAGUAUUACCUAAAGGAAUUAAACCGGGAAAAGUGAAAAUUAUUGAUAUGGAAGGUGAUGAUGAAUCGAGAUCAAGUCCCGUCAUAGACGAAAACAGUCAAGACGAAACUACCGUUUCUGAUGCCUACGAUCCAGGUAUGCCAAUAACAGGAAUGUUGGAUAAACCAUCAGGUGUCGAUGAUUCUCCCGAUAGACAUUCCGAUUCUCCUAAUUUCUAUCAGAAAUUUAUACAACAGCAACAAAAUAAUUUAGACGUACUAUCGAACGCAAUGACUCCUACCUUAGGACCAACGCAAACAACAGGAGGUUAUCAAGUAGAAAAUAAUCAAAACUCACAAGAUGUACCGGCAAAUCUCCAACCAGUUGCACCUACAACAAUUCCGACAUUGAAUAUAAAUGAUCUCUUCCAAAAAUUAGUAGCCUCCGGUUUUGUUACAUCGACUACACAACCGAAAAAACCUGCUACCGACAUUUCUUUGAAAGAAUCCACGCCACCGACUAAUAACGAAUACACACCACAAGUUUCUUCUAGUCAAAAUGCACCGCCAACAACUAAAUUUAAGAAAAAUUCUGUACUCAAUCUCAAACGGAUUACAUUCGAACGACCCGAAACGUUGAGAGUCCGACAGAGUAAUCUUUAUAAUAUGUUGUAUUCUGGUAUGCAAUGUAGUACUUGCGGUAUGCGAUUUACCGCAGAAGCUAGUAUGCUAUACAGUCAACAUUUGGAUUGGCAUUUCCGACAAAAUAGGAGAGGAAAAAAGAACAGUAGGGUCGCAACUAGUAGAAGAUGGUACUAUUCUUUAACUGAUUGGAAAAAUUACGAAGAAUUAGAGGAUCUCGAAGAAAGAGAGAAAAAUUAUUUCGAUGAACAAAAACAAGCAGAAGGUGCUGGAGAAGAUGCCGACGAGGAUGUAGAAAUUCCUAGCGUCGCUGCAGAUCCGGAUUCAACUGAUGAAAGCUGCGUAGUGUGCAGAGAUAAAUUCGAUCAAUUCUUCAAUGAAGAAAAGGAAGAAUGGCAUUUGAAAAAUGCUAUAAGAAUAGAUGAUAAGACAUACCAUCCUGUGUGUUAUGAAGAUUUUCAGCAAUCUCUUCUCGAGCAAACAUUAGACGAAAGUAUAAAAGCACCCGAAGAAAAGGAAAAACAGAAAGACAAAGAAGAAGUUGAAGAACCAGCUAUACCCGGUCUUGAAAUAAUAAUCGAUGACGAUGAUGAGGAACUAGAAAAAGAAUCGCAGGUAGCUGAAGUUGUUUCUGUUGAAAGCGACGAAUCGAAAUUGUUGCCGGAUACUGUUGAAUCGUCGGGACAAUCUCCCAAACCGGAAAAUAUGGAAGAGGACGAUGACGACGAUGUUAUUCUAAACGAGGUUGCUCCCAUUAAAAUAGUUGUCGAUGAUGACGACGACGAAGAUAUGGAAACAAUUGUACAAGAAGAUUCAAAAACAAAUGCGGAAGAUGAUGGAUUUGUUGAGAUUGCUGGUUUAGUUAGUUUACCCAAUGGUAAACAUGUUAAAAUAAAAGCUGAACCAAUGGAUAAAGAAUUGGAUGGUCCAGUUACUCCGAUUUUAACAAACGAUCUGUUAUCGUCCACGACUGAAGAAAACGAUAUCGAAAUAAUUGAAACGACGCGCCCCAAACAGGACGUCAUCUUUUCAAUGGACGGUAACGUAGAACCGGCCUCGGGCGCUAACCCAGUGGCAACCACUGGUUUAAGUGGCAAUAGAAUUAAGAUUAAUAUAAGCAAACCUUUACCUGUGAUAAAUAAAGAAAAAGAAUCUACUUUAGACAAUAGAGUACCGCCGGAAACUUAUAUAGAUCCAUUCGAACCGUUCCCACCGGGAGAAGAACCUGAACCAGCGACGCUCAAACCGGCGCUCAAAACAGUCAAACUAAAAAAAUUACCUCCUAUUAGAAAAGGUACCGAAUUGACGGGUCUCUGUUCUCUGAUGUGACUGUAUUAAAUUAAAUGAUGUACAAAAAAAUAUGUAAAUUCAUGUUAUAAAUAAUGUGAGCGGUUGUUACAUAUCCACCAAGUGUAAAAUAUUUAGUUAGAUUUGAAUAUACGAGGUUUUAUAUUUAUAUAAUCAAGAUAAUGAUUUGUGUGCAUCGCGCGGGCUUUACGAGUAACGAUAAAUUACUUAAUGUACUUGUAACUCAAUAUUUGUAUCCUAAUAUAUAACAAACAAUUGAUCAUUGAUUUAUAGAGAUUCGUUUAAUAUUUGAUAUUCUCUAUCUUUUUGUAUCUGAUACUAUCUAAAUUAGGUAUGUGCAUGAAUAAAACUUUAUAUUACAAGCAGAUGCAUCGGAUUGAAAAAUGUAAAGAGGGUUACCUUGUGUUCGGUCGGAGAAUGGUGGUGACGCGUUUUAUACCGCAACUUUUGAUUGUAUAUUGCCAAAAAAUAAAUAUUGAUAGGUGAAUUAUUCAAGUCUCUUAAUGAUCAAAUAUUUUUUCAUCUUACAACUACAGUAAUUUCCCUUAUAACACAGUACUCUUAUAACGCAUUUUCAUUUGACGCGAUUUCAAUCUCCAACAUAUUCUUGUACUGUGAAAUAUGAAAUGGUUUGUACAGUUCAUAAUUAGUUUUGCACGUGUGUAACUCAUGUUGUAUAAAACUAUUUUACGGAGUUUGAGUAUUAAAAGCUGUAAAAGUUAUAUUUUAAAUAAAAUAUUUUGUUUUGAGCCAUGACAAGUGAAAAGGAAAGUGAAAAGGAAAUUUAUUUGUCUACAACAAAAAACUGAUAUUUUGAAUCAGCUAAAUAAUGGUAAGAAAUCAACAGUAAUAGCAAAGGAUCAGAAGCUAAAUGAGUCAACAAUACCAACAAUUUUAUAAAAUGAAAGUGCUGUAAUGUCUAUAUCGUUACAGACCUUAAGUAAAUCUUCACAUGUAAAAGAUUCGUUAAUACCAAAACCAGAAAAAUGUUUGAUGAUUUGGAUAGAAGAUUGCAAUCAAAAAAAUAUUCCUAUAAAUAAUUGUUGUUGUUUAAUAAAAGCAAAAGCCCAACAAAUUCUCAGUCAUUCAAAGGAAUGACAAGCUACAAUCAAAAUUUGACAGUAGUUACGGCAGGUUUGAAAGAUUUCGGAAAAGGUCUUACUUACAUAAUAUCCAAAUUCAAGGAGUUUUACCAAAAAAUGACAAAUGCGACAUAUGUUUACAAUAUUAUUUUUUCAUUAAUGCUACUAUUUCAAAACAUGAUUACAUUACAAAACCAAUAGAAAGUAAUUAGGUUAGAAAAUGACCUAUAUUAAAUUACAUCUUAUACAUUCUUUACAUUACAAUCCAUACAUUUAUUUAUCGUUAUUGCUUAUGUUGUCAUUAUCAUCAUAUCAUAAUUUUCAACGUCAUUCUCAUCAUAAGUACGAUUAUCGAUAUCAUCAUUAAUGUCAUUAUUUUCAAUUUCAACGCCAAGUGUCAGGAUUACAACGGGAAUUGUAAUCUGGCCGGACGUGAGGUAACCGUAUUAUAUAACAGCGCAUGUGUCAAUUAUUGGGUUGGCGACAAAGACAUUUCGGUUUUGUAGUAACAAAGAAUAGUUUUUAAUUAACUAUAUAUUUCCCAUUUUGCUCAAUGACCUUUUCCCAUCUUUCUUCCAGCUUCAUGAUUUCGCGCUCAUAAAAUUUCUGGUCCUUAUCAACAAAAAACUGAUGUGCGAUUGAAGAUCAUCGUCAUUUGUGAAAGUUUGGCUAUUUGAAAAAUUUUGCAAUCUUCGAAAUAAAUGGUAACCAGAUCGUGCCAGAUCAGGGAUGUAUGUGGGAUGUGGCAUCAGUUCCCAACUAAGCUCCCACGAGUUGCCAAAAAAGUUGCAUUAUCAUGGUGGAACACUAAAUCUUUCCGAUCUGAUAAUUCUGGCCGAUUGCUUCACUCAGUUACAUUCAUUAUUCACACUAAAUCUCAGAAUCAAUCGUUUGGUUCCUUGGAAGCAGCUUAAAAAACACAACUCCUUUGAAAUCCCACCAAACAUAAGUUAUUAAAAAAAUAAAGCGAAAGUACUUAGUUGCCAACCUUAUAUAUAUUAUGGCUACAACAUGUAUAACUUUUCUGGUCACUUUACCGUUUCCAUUUUUUUUAAUUUAUAAAUGAUGCAUCUCAUCUCAUUACAUUCUAUUUUAAUUUAUUAAUCGUUUGUAGUAGGAUUUUAGGGGAAAAAAUCAUGCACAAACAUUCCGUGUCUCGACUCGUCACUCGGUAAUUCAAUUAGACUUUUCAAAAACUGAGGGUAAUUUUAAGUUGAAGGAAAUAUCGAGCCUAUACAUUUUAGAAAUAAUAUGGACGAUAAAUAUAAAUUGUGAUUAUAUUCAAUAUUUCAAUUGAUUCAUAUAUUUUAAAUGAAGUACAUUUAGACAUAAUUUUGUUUCUAGAUGAUGUUAAUAUGGCUAAAAAUUUUAUUUUUGUGGUAUUGGAUAAUAUUUCUCUGCACCCAGGAAUCUCAAUAUAAAUCUUUAUUACGGUACAUUUCGUUAAAUUGAUAAUACAUUUCAUUUUGUAGAAGUUUCAAAUAUUUAUUUUUCAUUAAUUUUCCAUUCAUACCGAAAGGGUAUUUGAUAUAGUUCCCUAAAUUUCCAGUCCAAACGUUAAAUUUUUGCUUUACUUUACCUUAACCUACUUCGUACUACCGCUGGCACUACCGCCCUGAAAUAGCCUUGACCUCGUCCACCACAUUCCUCCAGUCAGACUUCUGUCACCAGCCUGAGGUCUUCUUAGAGACAACCGGAUUGAGAAUUGUACGAUAGAUUCGCUUUUUCGUUUUCCAAUUCAGUAAACGUGACUUUAGUAGUAGUUGGAGACUUGAAGUAGGGUCUAUUCCCCGCUUUUAAACGUUCACUUAUUUCCAUCAUGUUUAUGAAGUAAAAAUCAAUAUUUAAACGACGGUAUAUUUUCGAACUUACACCGACCUACUUUGAAAGCCUCCUGGUGACUUCUUCUGUUCCUUGACAUAACCAUGUAAUUUGUUUUGGACUCGUUAAUGGUCAGCCUCGCUCUACAGGAUUCCGCCUCCAGCUUCUGAAAGCUUUCCUCUAGUUCACGUUCCCUUCGACUGAGUAGAUCAAUGUCAUCAGCGUAGGACAGGCACUGCACUGUUCUGUCGAGCAAUGUUCUUCCUUUAUUAACUUCAAUAUUUCCGAUGACUCGUUCUAAUGUCAGGUUGAAGAAAGUACACGAGAAGGCGUCUCCUUGCCUGAGACCUCAUCCUAUUUGGAAUGCUCGCGAGGUGUCUCCCGCUAUCUUCAUUUUGCUGUUGGUCUUAGCUAACGUCAUCCGCACAAGGCUAAUAAGUUUCGGAAGAAUGCCGAAAAGACGCAGAGUGUUGUAGAGGUAAGAUUGGUCAACACUGUCAUAAGCUUGUUUGUAAUCUAUGAAACCUAUUUCUUACAGUGGAUAAAUUGAUAUGGCGAAAAUGUAGAUUCAUAAUUUGUAAUUAUGUAUAAAACAUUUAAAAUUGGAUUGGGAUGGCCUAAUUGCCUAAAUAAAUGAAUUUUUUGUCGAUAUGAUAGACCCAAAAAUAUAAUUCUUUCUUCGUCUUUUAUUUACAUUUUUCUUGAUUAUAUCAACAAAUACAAAUGAACCUCACGGAAACAGAUAAAAUGGAGUGGGACACCAUUUGACCUGUUAAGUUUAAUAUAAUUUAUCAUGACUGACACUGAUAGAUUUGAAGUAAGUUGGUUGAAUAUUUUAUAUUGAAAUUCCUGUUCUACAAAAAACUUUCCAAUAUAACAACAGCAAUUUAUUCAAGAACUUCCAACUUUUGUAAAGUUAUUUGAAGGUUUACAAAAACAAACAGAAAUAUUUUAAAAUUUAUCCAAACCUAAAGACUUGAUGCAUGGGUUAAACAUUCGUUGAUAAUUUCGCAAAAUUCAUAUAAAUAUUUCCAGUUUUAAAUCUUCAAUAAACUAAGGAGUUUUAGUUAAAUGGACAACCCUGUAUAUGUAAAUAUAUGUGAAAAGAAUAUGUAAAUGAUGAUGGUAAAUCACGAUCUUUCUUUAAUUUGUAAAUAUUUAUGUAUAUCAUCGAUUUUACUUCAAUGUUUAUGGAGUAAAAGUUCUAUUUUAUUUGUUUAAUACAUAGACGGAUUUUGUUAUUUGUUGAAAAUAAAUAUUUUUAAAAAGAAAAACCUCUGUGUGUAUAUUUCGCAAAGUGGUUAUUGAAACUAUAUAAACAUGGUAUAAUUUUUUUUUAUUUGAGGAGGGUUUUCCUUAAAAUAAUUUGUACAUAUUUAGAAGUAUAUGUGGAUCGUGAUAAUUAAUUACAAAUAAAUUUUGAAAAUCA